AUGGCCAUGGGGGACAGUAUCCCGGACUAUGUGGCCGUGGCCGUUCAGAAGAACCAGGUGAAGAUGGCAGGUAAGUAUAACAGCAUGGACUGUAUGCGGUGUUUUGUUACCAUUCUUGAGUUUUCCAUGGGCUGCGCGCCGACGGAGUAUACCGAGGAGCUGCAUCAGUGGUUUCUGAAGCGGCAGUGUGGGAAGUGGAGACGCCAUGCUGCGGCGGAGCUCGCGUAUUUUGGUGUGCUUUCCUGCGACAGUAUGACCACGGCAUUGGGGCGUAUGAGGAGGGCUCUGAACACCACGUCUCAAGUGAGUGUCGCGACCAUGUAUGUAUUGUUCUGCGAGACGCGGCAGGCUAUCAACACGUAUUCGCUGCAUGGUCUUUGGUACCUCAUGGAGGCGUAUGACAAGAGCAAGUCUGUGCGGGAAAACGUUUCGCGUAUCCGAAAUGGGCUAGCAUAUAGUGUAUCGACGCUUUGUCACACAAUUCAGGUUUUGGAGGGGAUCCGCAGCUGUGUGGGUGUAUCACUCGCUGUGCUGCGGAAGUUGCCCUGCAAGCGCGCUGGCGGACCUUUGGAGGUGGCGUAUCAGUUGGGUCGCCGCCGUCUGUGUCCCAAGGUGGAAUUGGACGGUAUUCCAGAAUUCCGCGUGCUGGCGAGUUCUCUGAGCGUUGUGACUCAGAAGGUCCAGACGUAUGCGAGGCAGCAUACACAGCAGUAUCGCGGUUUGGUCAAGGCCGCAAAGGGUCUGGGUAUCAAGUACGGGAAGUCGCAUACUGUGAAGAAGCUCGCUGCGCUUGUGAAGCGAGGUAUGCAGAAGCCUUCAGGCACGGGGGCGCGGAAGAGGAGUUACGAGGAGCUGGUAUCCGCAGCUUCCCACUCGGAAGUGUAUUCCCCGCGGUUCCGCAUGACACUCGACCACUGCCCAGACUUCGCCCUGGCCGGGGCUGCGGCGCCGACGGGCGCCCCGGCCUCCGUGGAGAAGCCGAAGGACCAGAAGAAGCGGGAGUUGCUGAAGGUAUACGAGACGUUGCCCGCGCAGUUGCUCAACGUGUAUGGGCCUGCGAAGUUCGCGAAGUUGAAGGACGCGCAGGUAUGGACCCAGAUGCAGGAGCCGCUGAAGAGCGGGGCCGUAUGGAUGUCGGAGAUGUGCAGCAAGGAGCCGGAGCGGAGGGGUGUCGGUAUUAACCGUUUCAUUCACGCGAUGAAGACCUUCUGCGAGUAUCAGAAGGAUCCCUCGGUAAUGGCGGGGACCAAGGCGGUAUUGAAGGAGCAGAUGUAUAACGAUUUGUACAAAGAGAUUGAUGAGAUCCUGCCGGCCUUGCAGUAUUGCCUGGCACCCAAGAAGCAGCCUGAGAAGAAGGGUGCUGCUCUCCUCCGUGCGAGCGGUACGGACGACGCAGUGCUGGCGACCGCGAAGACGGGGCCGGAGUUGGACAAGUAUGCGAAGCAGGUCUAUGACUGGCUCGACAAGACUAAACUGUCGCGAGUCCGUAUGAUGGCCAAUUGGCAAAGUUGCGGGGGGUUGGCCUUUGUGGCUCAAUGCCACCAUCGGGCUACCACCUGUUUCAGGUAUCACGGCAACAGCUUUCACGGAGCUGGUCCAUCGCAGCACGAGGUAUCACUACAAGACUUCCAGGCCGCUGUGAAGCUCCGCCACUCGGUCGGCCACAACGGUAUGGACGUGGAGGGGGUGAGCGAGGUCUCCGGCGUCAACGACUUCUGGAAGGGCUUUCCCGAGGGCCGGUGUUGGAGGCGAAGUCUACUGAGUCGUGCGUGGCACGCUGGGGAGGCAGGUGCUGCAUUGCUUUAG